AUGGAAUUUUCCGCCCUUCUGACUUCGGCGGGCAUAAACAUCGCCUUGUGCAUUCUCUAUCUGUCCCUCUACUCCAUCCUCCGCAAGCAGCCGCACAACUUCCGCGUCUACUUCGGCCGGCGGCUCGCCGAGGAGAAGUUCCGGCAGCAGGUGGACUACUUCUCCUUCGAGAGGCUCCUCCCCACCGCCGGCUGGCUCGUCAAGGCGUACUGGUGCACCGAGGACGAGAUCCGACGCGUCGCCGGCCUCGACUCCGUCGUCUUCCUGCGCCUCUUCAUCUUCAGCAUACGCAUCUUCUCCAUAACUACCCUUAUCUGUGUCUUUGGAGUGCUCCCUGUGAAUUACAAUGGCCAAGAAAUGGCCCACACGCGGGUCCCAGCGGAGUCGCUCAAUGUAUUCACCAUUGCAAAUCUCAAGGAAGGAUCAAGCAAGCUUUGGGUGCAUUGUACUGCUUUAUAUGUUAUAACAAUCUCAGCCUGUAUUCUUCUUUUCCAAGAGUACAGGUAUAUCUCAAGAAAGAGAUUAGCACACAUCACUGGAUCAACGCCCAAUCCGGGUCAUUUUGCUGUGCUUGUUCGCUCGAUUCCAAAGUCACACAACGAGCUUCUUGAUGACACCAUCAGGAAUUUCUUUCUUAACUAUCAUGGAUCUAGUUACCUGUCACAUCAGAUGAUCUAUCGAAAAGGGAAGUUGCAGAAUUUUGUGGAUAGUGCCGAGAGGGCUUACAGGAAAUUUGUAAGAGUAAAACUUUCGGCAUUUGACCAGAACAUGCGGUCUAGCUUGAACAGAUGUGGUCUCUGCGGAGUACAAGCUUCCUCGUUUGAGCUUUACCGCAACAAGUUCGUCGAGGCCAAGAAGUCAGACCUCACUGAUCCAGAAGUAGUCGAGGCUCAAAAGGACUGCCCAGGUGCUAUAGUGUUCUUCAAGACUCGCUACGCGGCAAUUGUGGCCUCCCAAGUUCUUCAGUCUUCGAACCCUAUGCUAUGGGUGACAAAUCUGGCGCCGGAGCCGCGCGACGUCUACUGGUCGAACCUCUGGAUACCCUACAGGCAGAUCUGGCUCCGGAAAAUCGCGACGCUCGCGGCUAGUGUCUUCUUCAUGUUUGUCUUCAUCGUACCCGUCGCGUUUGUUCAAAGCAUGAUGCAGCUGGAACAGCUCAAGCAAAUGUUCCCAAACCUGAGAGGCGCACUCAAGACGUCAUUCUGCGUGAGAGUCGUAACGGGGUACCUCCCCAGCGUGGUCCUGCUGCUGUCCCUGUACACCGUUCCUCCCCUGAUGAUGCGCUUCUCGGCGAUCGAGGGGUCGAUUUCUCGCAGCGGCAGGAAGACGAGCGCGUGCACCAAGAUUCUCAUCUUCAACAUCUGGAAUGUCUUCUUUGUGAACGUGCUAUCAGGGUCCGUGCUCAACCAGCUGAAUGUGCUCACUAGACCCAAGGACAUGCCGUCUAUGCUAGCCGAGCUCGUGCCAAAGCAGGCAACGUUCUUCAUGACCUACGUCCUCACAUCAGGCUGGUUCAGUCUAUGCUCGGAGAUACUGCAGGUGUACAACCUGGUGUACAAUUUCUUCAGGAAAUUCAUAUGUUGCUACCAGGACGAGCCAGAAUACGUCUACUCUUUCCCCUACCACACCGAAGUCCCCAAGGUCCUCAUGUUCAACGUGCUCGGCUUCACGUUCUCGAUCAUGGCGCCUCUCAUACUGCCCUUCUUGCUCGUCUACUUUUGCCUCGGCUACUUGGUGUACCGCAACCAGAUUCUGAACGUGUACUACCCCAAGUACGAGAUGGGAGGGAAGCUGUGGCCGAUCAUGCACAACACCAUGGUGUUCUCCCUGGUGCUCACGCAGAUCAUCGCGCUGGGCGUGUUCACCAUCAAGAAGGCGCCGAUCUCCACGGGGUUCACCAUCCUGCUCCUCAUCGGCACCAUCCUCUUCAACGAGUACUGCAGGCAGCGCUUCUCCCGCAUCUUCAACUCCUUCUCCGCCCAGGACUUCAUCGAGCUGGACAGAGAAGACGAGCAGUCCGGGAGGAUGCGGGAGAUCCACGAGCACCUGCUGGACGCCUACUGCCAGUCGCCCCCGGGCAGCGCCGACGAGAUCCCGAUGGAGAUGAUCAUGGAGGACCCGGCUCAGGAGGCGUCCAACUCGAGCCAGGAGCUCUGCGACACGGUGCAGGAGGUGGCCGGCUCCAUCAUCCAGGAGCACAUCGAGGAGCGGCACGGGAGCUCCAGCGGACGCCGCUGA